AUGUGGGACGCCAACCAUAAUCCCGCUGACCAUGGAGAAAAUCUUGGUCGAGCUAUCGCUUGCGAGGUCCUCGCACGACGUAUCGUUUAUCUGGCUGAACCAGAUAGACUGUGCGCUAUAAUGUCUACCCGCUAUCGCCAUAGACAAGUAGAUGGGGAUGUAAGCGAAAUGUCAAGUGCGCUUGAAAUGGCCAUCGAUCAACACUGUAUCAUCUUUUUGUCUUCGACAGAGGCUCAAACAGUGAUCGACGACCUUUGGACGGGCGAACUCGUUCAAAAGAAUAACGAACACGAUGAAAUUGAAUACAUUCCGUUCAAUGAAACUCGUAGGCAUGACUUUUAUGGUCACUUGGAUAUUUCUCGCCUGUCGGUUCCCAGAUACCAGAACAUUUUUCGCAUUGUCGUUUGGUUGUUUUUCCUAGUGGUUUACUCUCAAGCGGUUCGGGAGCCGCUUGAGCGGUUGGAUGAGGCACACAGAUCUCUGGAUUCGUGGGAGAUUGUCCUAUACGUAAUGUCUUUAUCGUUUAUCGUCGAAAACGUGCAUAAGUCCUACGUCCUGCUUCGUUUUGUGACUUGGCGUGCUUUUACAUUUUGGAGCGCAAUUGCAUUUAUCACGGAUUCCAUUCUUUUAGCUGCCUUUACUCUGCGUGUCAUUGGUCUACAAGCGCCACAAGACCAAGAGGCUAUUUAUCGUUUGCGAAGUUUCCAGGUCCUUAGUUUUGUUUCGCCGUUUAUUUGGAUGAAACUCGUUACAAUCUUCGACGGCUACAAAUACAUUGGCACUAUGCAGAUAUGCGUUUCCCGCAUGUUGAAAGAAUCCGGCAUUUUUUUUGCGCUUCUGUCCGUCCUGGCAAUCGGCUUCGCUCAAGGCUUGUAUGCAGUUGAUGCCUCUGAUGGGUCAACAGAACCACCUUCAACAGUGGUCAAUGUUUUGGUUCAAGCUUUACUGGGAUCUCCCGAUUUUGGGAAGUUUGACGCAAGCACGGCUGGCCUCCUUCUGUACUACCUAUGGAACACUGUUACUGCCAUUGUGCUCCUCAACGUCCUCAUUUCCCUGUUCUCGUCUGCUUAUUCGGAUGUUGUUGACGAUGCAGAAGCGCAAUACCUUGCUUUCUUUGCUAGCAAGACAGUGGAGAUGAUUAGGGCCCCCGAUUCUUAUGUCUACCCUGCACCAUUCAACCUUAUUGAGGCGAUCUUCGUGGCACCUUUUGAAUUUGUACCUUUAGCCAAAUUAAGCCCAGCGCACUAUGCACGACUUAACCGAGUUGUGAUGGGGGGGAUUUUUUUAAUUCCCUUAGCGACGAUCGCCUUCUAUGAGUCGACGUUUGAUAGACGCAAGCACAAAUGGAUGAAUGCCUGGUUUCGCGGGAACGAUGAAGGCGAAGAAGACCGUCCUGAAUACAGAGAUCCCAGUGUCGACGACCCAGCAUGCGAUGGUUUGGUCAUCAGUAAGAUCCCUUUCGAGGAGCUUAUCAAGGUCUUCCCAAAGACUUCGCAAUCAAGUGAGGCUACCAUUCUGAAGGAGCUCAACGAAAUCAAGCAGCAGCUAAGUGACAUUCAAAGAGCGCUUGGACACCGCUGA